AGAUCUUUCUAACUUUGACUGAAGAUAGAGAGAAAGAGAAGGCAGCGAAAGCCAAAGCCUUGGCAGCUUUCGGCGCUCUUUCUUUCUUCCUUGCUUGCUUCUCCAUCUCUCUUCUUCCUUGCUCACCUCUCCAAAAUCUCUUAUAUUUUUUUUAUAUAUAUAUUCACGCUCAAGCUUAACCAAAGUUUCAAACGUUUUUUUUUACUACGAAUAAAAUAACAUAUCCAUCUUAGCAAAAAAACAAAGCAAAAGCUUUAUUUUUUAACCCUCUCUCUCACUCUGUUUUCCUGCCCUUCCCUGCCCCAGUUGUCCAAAUCUAAAGCCAACCCUUUUUCUCCAUUAACCUCACCAGACCUUUUUUCUGGUUAUUGGGGGAGACCACUGUAAUCAUUAUUGGCUUAAAUACAUUAUUAGCAAAUACUGUAGGAGGCAAGGGUCCAUAAGAUGCCUUUUGGUGCUUGAUUCAUGUAUCUUCUAUGCUGACUACUGUUCUAUAGAAUAUGGGCUUACUCUGCAGCAAGAACCGUCGAUACACUGAAGCAGAUUCUGAGGAGAAUGCACAGGCUGCGGAAAUUGAAAGGAGAAUUGAACAAGAAACGAAGGCUGAAAAGCAUAUCCAGAAGCUUCUACUACUUGGUGCUGGUGAAUCUGGGAAGUCAACAAUUUUUAAGCAGAUAAAGCUUCUAUUCCAAACUGGCUUUGACGAGGCAGAGCUAAAGAGCUAUAUCUCAGUCAUACAUGCCAACAUCUACCAGACUAUAAAAAUACUGUACGAUGGAUCAAAGGAGUUCGCUCAAAAUGAUGCAGAUUCUUCCAAAUAUGUUUUAUCCAGUGAAAAUAAGGUUAUUGGAGAGAAACUGUCUGUAAUUGGAAGCAGGUUGGAUUAUCCACCUCUAAAUAGAGAACUUGCACAGGAGAUAGAAACUCUCUGGAAGGAUUCUGCAAUUCAGGAAACCUAUGCUCGUGGUAAUGAACUUCAAGUUCCGGAUUGUACUAAUUAUUUCAUGGAAAAUUUGGAAAGAUUGUCUGAUGCAAAUUAUAUUCCAACAAAGGAUGAUGUUCUAUAUGCAAGAGUUCGUACAACUGGUGUUGUAGAAAUCCAGUUCAGCCCUGUGGGGGAGAAUAAGAAAAGUGGUGAAGUAUACAGACUCUUUGAUGUGGGAGGCCAGAGAAAUGAGAGAAGGAAAUGGAUCCAUCUUUUUGAAGGAGUUACAGCUGUGAUAUUUUGUGCUGCUAUUAGCGAGUAUGAUCAAACUCUCUUUGAGGAUGAACAGAAGAACCGGAUGAUGGAGACAAAAGAACUAUUUGAUUGGGUCUUAAAGCAACCAUGCUUUGAGAAAACAUCCUUCAUGCUGUUUCUAAACAAAUUUGACAUUUUUGAAAAGAAGGUUCUAAAAGUUCCACUAAAUGUAUGCGAGUGGUUCAAAGAUUACCAGCCAGUGUCAACGGGAAAACAAGAGAUUGAGCAUGCAUAUGAGUUUGUAAAGAAGAAAUUCGAGGAGUUAUAUUUUCAAAGCACAGCCCCUGAUCGAGUGGAUAGGGUCUUUAAGAUCUACAGAACCACUGCCCUUGACCAGAAGCUUGUGAAGAAAACUUUCAAGCUCGUGGAUGAAACUUUGAGACGGAGAAAUCUCUUCGAGGCUGGGUUAUUGUGACCGCAGCAACCCAAGUUGCAAAGACUGUUCAUAAUAUGAAGAAUGUGAUCAGAUUUUGGAUGUUUUAAGGCUGGAGGAAACACCCAUCUGUUGACUGCUGGUAUAUCAUAUCAUAUCAUAUCAUAUUACCAUCACAGGCUAAAGUUUUGGUUUUUCCAUUUUGUUGUUCAGUAAUCAGAAUGUUUAAAAUGUGAUUUUUUUUCUUUAUUUAAAAAAUCCCCAUUAUUCUAGAGACGCUUACUUGUUCCGACGGAAACAUUCCCCCGAGAAUUUGUUUUUCUUGUCUGUUGUUUGUCUUUCAGCUUGGGGAUGGGAUCAGACAUAUGAAGGAACAAUGAACAUGAUAUUCUUUCCAUCCUAGUCAUACCAACUCAUUGUUUAUAAUACAUACAUACUAUAAUGUUUAUUACAAUUAUUCUUGUCCCACCCACUUUUGUGGGAAAUUGGCUGUAACCAUCCAACCAAAGCCUGCUCACCUUGUGCCUGUAUUAUUCUUACAAGUUUAUGCAGUGCUGGUGCUGCCUUUUGUUGUGUA